AUGCCCAUUAAAGAACUUGACUCAAUUUCAAAAAAUUCGGCAGACUCGCUCAACAAUGACAACAAGAGUUCCGAAGACUUGACUUCGAAGGAGUCACACGAAGCCGAACACGGAAAUGUUCUCUCACGAUACACUGAACAACAAGUUAUGGAGAUGGGUAGAAAUUACGCAAAGGAACACGAUUUAGAUCCAGAAUUGUUUGCCAACGCAGCUGCUGUGGCAAGAUCUCCGGCUGGAUUUGCAGACAUGUCGUUUCUCUCUGAGAAGGAAAAAGAUGCUCUACAAGUAGAAGCAACAAAAAAGUGGCACAUACCUAAAAAAUUGGUUGCCGUUAUUGCACUUGGUUCGAUGGCUGCUGCUGUACAAGGCAUGGACCAAACCGUCAUCAAUGGUGCAACAUUAUUCUAUCCCCGUGCUUUUGGAAUUACUGAAAUGAAAGAUGCAGAUUUGAUUGAAGGUUUGGUCAAUGGUGCACCUUAUUUGUGCGCAUCCUGUAUUGCUUGUUGGAUGUCAGAUUUUUGGAACAGACAUUUGGGAAGAAAAUGGGUUAUUUUCUGGACGUGUUUUAUUUCUGCUAUUACAUGCGUGUGGCAAGGGUUUGUCAAUAAUUGGUGGCAUUUAUUUAUUUCACGUUUCUUUUUGGGGUUCGGAGUGGGUAUCAAGUCUGCUACAGUUCCUCCGUAUGCCGCAGAGUGUGCUCCAAAACAUAUCAGGGGUGCCUUGGUCAUGUUGUGGCAAUUUUUCACUGCCGUGGGUAUCAUGUUUGGAUAUGUUGCUGCUUUGGCUUUCUAUUAUGUACCAAAUAGAGGUUUUAGUACUGGGUUAAACUGGCGGUUGAUGUUGGGAAGUGCUUGUAUUCCUGCAUUUAUUGUCUUGUUUCAAGUGCCUUAUGUUCCUGAAUCACCUCGUUGGUUAAUGGGAAAAGGAAGACACAAGGAAGCGUUUGAAUCGUUGAGGGUGUUGCGUUUUGACGAGAUUUCAGCAGCAAGGGACUGCUUCUAUCAAUAUGUGUUGUUGAAGGAAGAGGGUACGUACAGGAUCCCCACCUGGAAAAGAGUUAUUGAAAUGUUCACCAUUAGAAGAAAUAGAAACGGUGCCAUUGCAUCUUGGAUCGUCAUGUUCAUGCAACAAUUUUGUGGGAUUAAUGUUAUUGCCUACUAUUCAUCGUCCAUUUUUAUUGAAGCCGACUUGAGUGAGGUCAAAGCCAUGUUGGCAUCAUGGGGUUUUGGUAUGAUUAAUUUCAUUUUUGCAAUUCCAGCUUUCUUAACCAUUGACAGAUUCGGAAGGAGAAACUUGUUGCUUUUUGCAUUUCCCAUAAUGUCGGCUUUCUUGUUGAUUGCAGGGUUUGGGUUUUUGAUUGAUGACACUAAUGGCAAGCUAGGUAUGGUUACCACAGGUAUUUAUUUAUUUGCGUGUGUUUAUUCCUCAUCAGAAGGGCCAGUUCCAUUUACCUAUUCCGCCGAGGCUUUCCCAUUGUAUAUCAGAGACUUGGGUAUGGCUUGGGCCACUGCAACAUGUUGGUUCUUUAAUUUCUUGUUGGCAUUCACAUGGCCACGGUUGCAAAAUGAGUUUACGCCUACAGGGGCAUUUGGGUUCUAUGCCGCCUGGAACAUUAUCGGCUUCUUCAUGGUGCUUUGGUUCCUACCUGAAACAAAAGGUUUGACGUUGGAGGAGUUGGAUCAUGUGUUUUCAGUGUCGGCAACAAAACACGCCGCAUACCAGACAAAGAAAUUAUGGAGAAAUGUUCAAGUUCAUGUUUUACGUAAAGACAUUGAACCUUUACCUCCAUUAUACAAGUCGGCAGCUAUCAGUCCAACGUUUGAAGAAAAGGCUGAAAUUGUCCAUGCCGAAUAA